AUGAAGUUCACCAUUGAGGAAAUCAACAACAGCACAGAUCUGCUUCCAAAGGUGACUCUGGGCUAUGAGAUCUUCGAUUACUGCUCUGAUAUAGGCAGCCUUCCCUCUGCUAUGGAUUUGUUGGCGUGUGGGAACUCUAUUCAUGUGGGGACCAAACGAGCCUGUCGACCCAAAGUCAUCUCUGUUACCGGCCCGUAUGGGAGUAGAGAAACUAUUACCGUAUCUCAGCUGUUUCUGUUUAACCUUCUGCCUGUGGUGACACAUGGAGCUUCUAGCGUUCAGCUCAGCAACAGGCAGAGAUUCCCGUCCUUUUUCCGCACGAUUCCCAGUGACAAGUUCCAAGUGCAGGCAAUUGUCCAGAUACUGAGAAAGUUCAGGUGGAAUUGGGUGGCCUUCAUCGGCGGUGACACUGACUACAGCCGGGAUGCUCUAGCUGUGUUUGAGACAGAUCCAAACACCUGCCAAAAGUGCCAAGACUACGAGUGGUCUGGAAAUGGCAGCACGUCGUGCCAGAACCGGACCGUGGUGUUCCUUCAACACGAUGCUCCCGCCUCCAUCGUCCUGACCCUCGCCGCCUCCUCCACCAUCCUGAUGUGUGGCUGCGUGCUGGCUCUGUUCAUCCGCCACUACCACACGCCUGUGGUCAAGUCGGCAGGUGGCAAAAUGUCGCUGUUUGUGCUCGUCUUUCUGGCUCUGUCCUCCGUUAGCAUCUUCUUCUUUGGCGGUCGGCCAUCUGCCAUCACCUGCAGGCUGCGCAGUCCAACGUUUCUCGUCUUCUACACCGCCACCCUCUCUUGCCUGGCCGUCCGCUCCUUCCAAAUCAUCUCCGUCUUCAAACUGGCUGCCAAGCUGCCAAAGGCGUACGAGUUCUGGGUCAAACAUGGCGGACAGUGGCUGAUCAUAGCAAUCUGCACGAUCACUCAGCUGCUCCUGAGCAUUUUAUUUCAGUUCAUUUCUGCAAGCUACAAACGAAUGCAAGUGAUGAAGUUCACCAUUGAGGAAAUCAACAACAGCACAGAUCUGCUUCCAGGGGUGACUCUGGGCUAUGAGAUCUUCGAUUACUGCUCUAAUAUAGGCAGUCUUCUGUCUGCUAUGGAUUUCUUGGCGUGUGGGAACUCUAUUCAUAUGGGGACCAAACGAGCCUGUCGACCCAACGUCAUCUCUGUUACGGGCCCAUUUGGGAGUAGAGAGACCAUUACCGUAUCUCAGCUGUUUCUGUAUAACCUUCUGCCUAUGGUGACACAUGGAGCCUCUAGCGUUCAGCUCAGCAACAAGCAAAGAUUUCCGUCCUUUUUCCGCACGAUUCCCAGUGACAAGUUCCAAGUGCAGGUUAUUGUCCAGAUACUGAGAAAGUUCAGGUGGAACUGGGUGGCCUUCAUCGGCGGUGACACUGACUACAGCCGGGAUGCUCUAGCUGUGUUUGAGAGUGAAAUAAAGUCAGACAACAUUUGCUUGGCCUACCGAGGCGUUAUCUCAGUCUCAAACGACUCUGCAAAUGCUUUCAUGUUAGAUGUGAUCCAUAAGCAGAAUGUCGAGGUGAUUGUGCUCUUUGCUCACACAGAGCAUGUGAGACUCCUCCUAAGGACGGCGAUUAAAAACAACGUGCAAAAGGUUUGGAUCGGAAGCGAGGCCUGGACUUUGAGCUCAGAACUGAUUAAAGAGAACAACAUAGAACGUCUUGGCACCGUCUUAGGGGUCACUCUGCACCAAAUGGGUCCCCUGAAAGGGUUUAAAGAGUUCAUCCAACGGUCUGUGAGUUCCACACCUCCAUCGUCCCCAGCCUCUGGUGGCACAUGUGGCCAGGUAUGUGAGGAGUGCACCAAUGUUACGGCCGAGACGAUCUACUCACAGGAUCCUACGUUCAGCUUCAGCAUCUACUCAGCAGUCUAUGCCAUAGCUCACGCACUCCACUCAACCCUGUCUUGCAGUCCCUCAUCCUGCAUGAAUUUGACUGUUGAGCCUCAUAUGGCUCCUGAGUUACGGUGUUCUCCUGAAUGCCCAACUGGGUUCAGGAGAGUGAAGAAGAGCUUUCAUUCCUGUUGCUUUGACUGUGAGAUCUGCCUAGGAGGAACAUACAUCAACUACACAGCAGAUCCAAACACCUGCCAAAAGUGCCAAGACUACGAGUGGUCUGGAAAUGGCAGCACGUCGUGCCAGAACCGGACCGUGGUGUUCCUUCAACACGAUGGGGACGCCUCCAUCGUCCUGACCCUCGCCGCCUCCUCCACCAUCCUGCUGUGUGGCUGCGUGCUGGCCCUGUUCAUCCGCCACUACGACACGCCUGUGGUCAAGUCGGCUGGUGGCAAAAUGUCGCUGCUCGUGCUCGUCUUCCUGGCUCUGUCAUCCGUCAGCAUCUUCCUCUUAGGUGGUCGGCCGUCACCCAUCACCUGUAGCUUGGGCAGUCCAACGUUUCUCGUCUUCUACACCGCCACCCUCUCCUGUCUGGCCGUCCGCUCUUUCCAGAUCGUCUCCAUCUUCAAACUGGCUGCCAAACUGCCGAGGGCGUACGAGUUCUGGGUCAAACAUGGUGGACAGUGGCUGAUCAUAGCAAUCUGCACGAUCACUCAGCUGCUCCUGAGCAUCUUGUGGGUGUUUGCCAACGGACCCCAGCCAAGUCAGGUGACACAUGGAGCCUCUAGCGUUCAGCUCAGCAACAAGCAGAGAUUUCCGUCCUUUUUCCGCACGAUUCCCAGUGACAAGUUCCAAGUGCAGGCAAUUGUCCAGAUACUGAGGGAGUUCCAGUGGAAUUGGGUGGCCUUCAUCGGCGGUGACACUGACUACAGCCGGGAUGCUCUAGCUGUGUUUGAGAGUGAAAUAAAGACGGCGAUUGAAAAAAAUGUGCAAAAGGUUUGGAUCGGAAGUGAGACCUGGACUUUGAGCUCAGAACUGAUCAAAGAGAACAACAUAGAACGUCUUGGCACCGUCUUAGGGGUCACUCUGCACCAAAUGGGUCCCCUGAAAGGGUUAAAAGAGUUCAUCCAACGGUCUGUGAGUUCCACACCUCCAUCGUCCCCAGCCUCUGGUGGCACAUGUGGCCAGUCCCUCAUCCUGCAGGAAUUUGACUGUUGA